AUGGAGAUCCCCAGCUGGCUGCUGCUGCUGCUGCUGCUGCUGCUGGUGCUCGGCGGCGGGGAGGCUGUCUACACGCCAUGGGGCGACUUCUACGUGGAGCAGGAGACCGACUACCACAGCCCGGCCUCGCUCACAGGGCGGAAGGGUUCCCCGACGGGCGUCUCUUCGGCGGUGGCGUUCAGCCGGGCCCUGGAGCCGGACCACGCGGCUGAGCUGGUCGCGAAGGGGCGCGCCGAGGCCGCCGUGAUGACGGGGGGUGACGGGCCCGAUCCCAGCGCGCCCGAGUCGGUGGACUGGAGGGGCGGCCGGCUGGACCAUCCAGCCUACUCCCCUGGGCAGGCGCCCCGCCUCAGUGCCUCGGGCCGCCGGCUCCGAGGCAAGCAGGCCGUGUCCUUCCUCGUCGGUGACGCCGAGGGCGCGGGGGCUGCUCUCGUGCCAGCGUCGGAGCCGGGCGGCGGCACGCCCACGCCUCCGCCGGAGGCUGCCGAUGGGUACGGCUGGCUGUGCGGCGAUCUGGCCCGCUGGGUCGGGAGUUUUGCCUUCGGCACCGAGCUGCGCCCCAGCCAGCCACCUCGUGUCGGACUGAGUGGGGCGGGCGAGCGCGGCAUCGCCGCUGGCCGCAGCGGAGGACAUCACCCAGUGGAGCCCGUUGAGCUUGGCCGCAUGUCGGAGUGGCGCGAGGCCAAGCUGCCGGGGGCCUCUCGGCUCCGAGGCGUCGGCGACCUGCUCGGCAAGAGGAUGCUCGGCUACGAGUCACCUCGCCCGUCCGCGCUGGCUCCCUCCGCGGCCCGAGCCGAGGCGGCCGAGGUCGACGACCUCCGUGUGCGCUGGAUCAACUACGACGACGCGGGGGUCAGGUACAGGGGGUGGAAGAAGGUGCUGCAGGAGGCCACUCAGGAGAGCGCCCAGACGGCUGGGCUCAGAGGGCCCCCGGUGUGCCUCCCCGUGGGUGGGAAGCUCCACAGGCACGGCAGGACGCCCAAGGUCUGGUUCGCGGAGUGGGCUCGCGGGACGGGCAUCUCGCGCAAGGACCGGGCCUGGCCUGAGGUUGAUUUUCUCAUCGAGUGUCUCUGGCUGGUCGGCAGCGACGACCAGCUGAACGUGGACGCCGCCGCGGCCCUGGAUGCGGUCGCCUGGCGUCUGCUGCAGCACGUGGAGGCCUACGCGGGGGGAGUGGACAAUCCCCGCUGGAGCGCGGCCAAGCACUUCAGCGCCACCUCCUCGGCCCUGGACCUCGUCUCCAAGGGGAUGCGCAUGUACGCCGCGCGGCAGGCCAGGGACGAGCUGGAGCUGAGGCUGAGGGCGACCAGGCCGGCGGAGGCAGAGCAGGAGAAGGUAGAGACAGAGGCGGCCGCGGGCGAGGCGCGCGGCCGCCGGCGUAGACGGCUGCUGCGAGACAUCAACGCGGCCAUUGAGGCACUGAGUUGGAUGCAUGGCGGGGAUCAUCGACCUGCCCCACGGCAGAUGUCGGCGUCUACCGAGAAGAAGAUUUUGGGCCUACAAGCUGAUGUGCGGCAGCGCGUCGUGGAGGCGGCCUCCCGCUGGUGCGACGUUGACAGCGCCGUCAGCGAACGUGGAGCCUUGGCCAGGCUCUUGAAGGGGCGCUCGGGGUAUGCGCCGGCGCCUUCAUGCAGUGUCGGGUCCUACGAGUACUCGAAGGUAUCUAUGCCGAGUGACUUACACGACUCGCCGUCACUCAUCUCGAUGUUGCCUUCGGAGGCGAGGAAACACCUCGAGGAUUUCGAGAAGCUUAUGCUCCGGCCCGCGCAGGAGUCGGAAUUAAUUAAAAAAUGCGAAGGGGUGCCGGGCUGCCACACUGACCCGGCGCUGCAGAAGGAUCCACGUACCUACGGCCGCCUUGUGCGGAGGGUAGCGAGAGUUGGCAUGGUGACUUUCACUCGUGACCCGGCCUGCGUGCUGGGAGUUUUCUUCGUCACGAAAAAGGCCGACAAGCUCAGGCUGAUCGUCGAUUGCCGGCGGGCCAACCAGCUGUUCCAGAAGCCCCCAGGCGUCGCCCUCCUGAGCGGCAAGGGGCUGUCCAGGGUGGAGAUCGACGACCCCGAGGGCCUCCUGGAGGGCUUGCCCGUCCACCUCGGCGUCGGGGACGUCGCCGACUGCUUUCACAGGAUGAGGUUAGCGAAGACGGCGGGGGGCGACAUCCGGCGCUACUUCUGCUGGCCGCCCCUUGCGUCCAAGUACGCCGGCGUCUCCGAGGUCGACGGGGUGGCCGCGAGGCCGGACGAGAAGAUCUGGCCCAUGUGCGCGAGCCUUCCGAUGGGCUUCUCGUGGUCGCUGCACUUCGCCCAGACCGCGAACGCCCAGCGCCUGGGCCGCCAGCCCGCGCUGCGGCAGAGCCAGGAUCUGGCCACUACAUGUAUGUCGACAACGCUGGCGUGCUCGACCUUCGACGGCGACCUGGUGGGCCGCGCCCUGGCGGAGGCCCAGAGGGACUUCGACGCCGACGCGCUGCGCUUCCACGAGAUGGAGGUCUUCGACCACGGCGGGCCCUCUCUGGGCUGGCAUCUUGACGGCGACGCCCGAGUCGCCGGGCCCAGUGACAAGCGCUUUGCCCUGGUACGCCGUGGCGUCCGGGCGUUGCUUCGGCUGAGGAAGGUCUCUGGCUGGCAGGUCGAGGCCGUCCUCGGGCACGUCACCUUCCUGUUCCUGAUGCGUCGGGAACUCCUGUCGAUCUUCCACACGGUGUAUCGGUUCGUUCGGGAGUCCUAUAUGAAGUUCCAGCGUCUGUGGGUCGGGCGCGUGCCUGAGCUCAGCCGCUACCGCCUGGGCGGCACCCGAGCCCGAGAGCACGCUUUCGAGGUUGAGGUGGACCCUGAGAGCGGCGACCGGGAGCGUGACUUCCUGGGCCGGCCCGCGCGGCUCGACAGGGAGGCGAGGGAGAUUCUGGAGGCGGCGCGGUGGGAACACAAUGAGGAUUUUGCUGAGGUGCCCAGCCGCCUCUUUGCCGGCGACCGCUGGCAUACUAUUCUCGCUGAUCGCUGGUUGCACGCCGAUGACAUUUUGCGCCUUGAAGCCAGGGCUGCGGUCAAGGCUGGAGCUCGCGCCCUGCACGUAGAGGCCGUGAAAAACUGUCGGGUCCUGCUGCUCGGCUGGCCCGGGUUUCGCGCGGGCCCCGCUCGAGCGCGGACGACGGAGGCUUUCUUGGUGCAGGUGGCGGACGAGAUCCCAGACAGGCUGGCCGGGGCGCCAGGCCCGGCCGGCCGAGACGCCCCCGCGGACGUCGAGGGAGAGGACGGCAGCGAGAGCGACGACUCCUCGGACCCCGAGGAGAGGGCGGCGACGGCGGCCCGCCAGAGGGCCCUGGGGCGGCGCGGGAAGAACCACGUGUACCCGCGCCUCAGUGCCCUGAUGGGCGCAGCCCUUUCGGGCGCGCGGCCGACACCGCUGGAGGCUCGGUCCGUGACCAGGACAGCUGCUGCCCAGUGCCGCCAGCGCGUCCUCGCCUUCUUGAGCUGGGGCCCCUUCUCAGAGACGGUGGAGGAUCCCGCACGUCGGGACGUCGCCCUGACCGACCUCACGAACCACGAGUUCGAGCAGGAUCGCAAAAACUGGAGGGCGGAGGAGCUCCUGGCGGGCAUCAUCUCUCACUCGCCGCGCUACAAGAAGAACGGCUACGACAAGCCGCGGCUCACCCUGCGCGCGCUGAAGGGGUGGUGCAGGGGAUCGCCAUCUCGCUUGAGAAGGCCCUUGACCGUGGGCAUGUGGGUGUCCUUUGCGGUGGAGAUCGCGAAUUCGGUUUUCCUGAUGGCCGCAGUACUGGCCCUGCCCACGGUGGAGAGGUACCUGCGCCCCGGAGAGAAGCUGGGCCUGACGCUGGCUUUUUUCCGGCCGCCCGCCCACGGCGGGGUGGCCACGGGGGUCCUCCCGCUCUUCCCACGGGAGUCCAGCCUGCUGUCCAAGACCGUCGAGAGCGACGACAACAUCCCCCUGGACUCGAAGCGAGUCUUCCGGGCGCUCUCUAAGCGCCCCCAAGGCUCGGAGCGCCUCCUGGACUGGAACUACCGCGAGUCCGUGAGCGUCCCCAGGCGCUUUGCCGACAACCUGAACGGGGCAGUGGUGCAAUAUCGGGGGCUUCACACGAGGGCCAGCGCCGACCGCGCCGAGAGCCUCAGAACCCAGAAGCAGGUGAUGAAGCGCGAGAAGUGGCAGGCUGUUCGAUGUGUCAGGAGGUGCGGCGAGGCUGGGCGCGUCCACCAGGCGUGGCGGGAGCUGGUCUCCGAGGGUCAG